CGUUGUUUCCCCACUCGAGCCGGAUCUGACAUAUCUUUGUCGCACUGUCGAUUAUCCAGGCAUACUCAUUCCUGGAAUAAUUGCACCUGCGGAGAAACGCAGCAGACCGCGUGCCGAAGUCGUACGCUGAUGUGCGUAGCAUUCUGGUCCCUCGCUCAUGACGAAUACGCACUAAUUCUCUGUAGCAAUCGGGACGAGUUCUUAUCCAGACCUACCCUGCCGGCCCACUUCCAUUCAUUUGACUGUGUGCCUGGGUAUGUGGAUGAACAGUACGUUCUAUCAGGUCGAGACCAAAGAGCUGGAGGCGCCUGGCUCGGAAUCAACAAAGUGGGGAAAGUCGCACUCUUGACAAAUAUCACUGAGCCCUACGGGAAUUACGCUUCAUCUAGGGGGCAUCUCGUCUCUUCCUACUUGACAUCCCCACCCACGACUAGCCUACAUGAUGAGACAACCCGGAUAGUAGUCCAAAACGGCCGAUACGCCGGAUUUAAUCUCCUCCUUUUGUCGCCUGUCAUGGAGGGCGGCCGACUUGCCUUCGAAGGCUCCCUCGUCUCCAAUCACGGUGGUGGGGGCGAAAUAGUCGCUCGUCCACUUUCCGACGGGGAAAGACGUUGUGGAGGCAUAUCCAAUGGCAUAGACGGCAGUGGGGCCAGCGAUUGGCCGAAGGUGAAGCAUGGAACCAUGGAACUAAACGAGCUGCUUGACUCUGCCCCGAAUGAUCUCACGGACGUGAAACUAUCGGAACGUCUCUUCGAGCUUCUCAGCUGGCAAUCCGAUAACCCACCCAAAGCUCGAGAAGAGCUUCGCAACACCAUCCAGAUCGAACCUAUACCCAUGCCCGCAACAGGAUCUGCGAGGGUCGCGGCCCCAGAGUUCUAUGGAACUCGACUCUCGACCGUAAUCCUGAUUCGCAGGAACGGCGAUGUUCUAUUCAUUGAGCGGGAUAUUUGGGGCCUAGGGUCGGACGAGAAACCUUGGAAAGCGGAUCCGGGCACACAGCGUGUAUUUCGCUUCCAGAUUGCACCGGACAUUGUACAAUACACACCCUCCACCCAGUAAUGGGUAUAUGAUCUGCCUACGAAAUGAAAAGGACCGUCCAUCGAAGCAAUACUGCUACACAUUAGCCGACCUAG